AUGCCGCCCCGCCGUCACUCGUCUUCCGGCUACCGCGGCGUCCGCGCGCGGCCCAGCGGCCACUUCGACGUCGAGGUCCACUCCGGCGAGGAGCGCAUCUGCCUCGGUACAUUUGAGACGGCGCACGAGGCGGCGCGCGCCUACGACACGGUCGCCUGGCACCUCGGCCGCUCCCGCCGCACAAUGAACUUCCACGACGUGUGGACGCGGGAGCAGGCGGAGGCGCUUGCGCCGCUGUCGCCGGCCGUCACGCGCGAACAGCAGUGGCGCCAGCGCGAGCUCAAGCAGCGGCUCGUCAUCGCGGAGUGCAACGAGCGCCUCCUCCUCGAGUGGGCGCGGCAGUUCCCGGAGGACAUCGCCACGAUGGAGGCUUUCUACGCGCAUAAGGAGGAGGAGAAGGCGGCAGCGGCGAAGAGGAAGGUGGACCGCGACCAGCACCGGGCGGCGUCGGCGUCGAGGAAGGCGGAGAGGGCGGAGAUGGCCGCGAGGAAGGUGGAGGAGAAGAAAAAUGGUGCCGGUCCAUUGACGAUCGUCCUCUCCUCCUCCACCUCCUCCUUCGGGUGGACAUCCACUCCGGUGUGUGACACCACCCACUCGUCGGACUUCGACUAUGACUCGGAGUAG